AAUGAUUCAGUAAUUGGGCAUUUGAAUUACAGUGAUGUAAGCAAUUACAUGGUUGCUCUUCCAUUUAGGAGGAAUGGAGCUCGGAGAUCCAUAAUAUUCCAGUAAAUUUGUCAAACAGGACAGCCAAGAAAGAGCCUUCUGAAAUCACAAACUGACUAUAAAAUACAUAAGCACAAACAUCCACGUCUUCUCAUAGCCCUAAAAAAGGCCAUGCUUGUUCACAGAGACCAAUGCUGACCCCAUGCAACUCUAUAACCAUAUUAUGAGUGUCAGCAACAAAUCAAGGAAAGGUCACAUCUCACACAAUACAAUCUUAUCAUUUGCAAAUAAGAGCAUGCAAACAGAUCUAUCACAGGAUUGAAGGAUAUCCUUUACGAGCUAAAAAAAAAUGAUCACAGGUCUAAAUACCAAUGUUUCUUUUUUAGACUUGAAGGAUGGGAUGAGUUUCAGGAUGGGGUUAUGGCUAUGGAUAGAAUCAGUCAUGUGACCGUAGGGAUUGUACCAAACGUGACCACCACCAUCUCAUUUAAGCACCGCUAAAGCUAUUUGGGACUGGGACAGGGCAUAUUAAAAUCUCCUGUGAAGUGCAUUGAAUUCCCCAUCUGCUUUAAACAAGUUGAAAUCCGUCAUCUUCUCCCUUUGAUAUCAUUAAAAACCCAUUAAAAAGCACACUAACUAGACCGCCUCCGCGUUUACUGCAAGCUCGCAAUAAUGGCAACAGUAACAAGUUAACACUCAAGAGCCAUGGGGGCUGCACGUGGAAUCAUAUAUGAAGCAAACAUGUAAAGCUCUCACGGUUUUGAUAAUGAGGAAGAGUCAAAUUUGCAUUAAAAAUCACACCUACUUUUCCAAUGCAUUUAAUGCAGUGCACUAAGUAAAAUUUUUAGGCCUAUUCAAAUCCUCAUUUCUGGGGUUGGUCUGCAGAUUUGGGGUUGGUCUGCAGAUUUAAUAUACGCUUUUCAAGAUCCAAAUCAGACUGAAUUCCUUAAAAUUUGAUUUUGGGUUUUGACUUUUUAAGGCUAAAGAUUCAGGAGAAUUCUCCGAGCUUGUUUGUUAUGUCGCUGAGAUAUGCAAGAAUUAUGUGAUGGAGCCUUAUCACCACCGACUGCAAUUUCAUGAUCCAAAGGGCUGCGCUCCACGUAUCAGAAGCAAUUUUUUUGCAGGAAUAUCAUGCUAACAGUCCUGCAGAGUAGGAGGAGCUGUUUAGAUUGCAAAUAGGGUGGGGAGUUAGGUUUUGAAAAGGAGAACUUGAAAGGAGAUCAGUAAACAGUUGGAAAGGCACCUGACAUGACAUUAAAGAGAGGGUGCUAGUGAGAACGGUCAGAAUGCAUUUGCUUUCCUCAGAUAGUUAUACGCAGGGAAGAUUGCUGUCAUUGCAGGGGCAUGUUCUAUCACCUCCUUCUCCUCCAGUGGGACUUGUGUCCUAUCCAGCGAAUCCAGUGCCACCUACAGUAAGAAAAUUUGAGGGCAAUGUCAAUGACAUCAAUCCAAGCAUUCUGGUGAUAAUAAUAGUAUUGGCUGUCAUAUUUUUCAUAUCAGGAUGUCUCCAUCUGCUGAUCAGAUUUCUUGUGAAGUCACCUAGGAGAGGAGACCCAGGUUUCAGUCAAGACAAUGUGACAGCCCUACAAGGCCAGUUACAACAGUUGUUUCAUCUUCAUGAUUCUGGUGUUGAGCAGGCCUUCAUCGAUACACUGCCUCUAUUCCUGUACAAGGCAGUGAAGGGAGUAAAGGAAUCUUCUGAUUGUGCAGUUUGCUUAUGUGAAUUUCAAGGUGAGGAUACUCUAAGAUUGCUCCCAAAGUGCAGCCAUGCUUUUCAUGCAGAAUGCAUUGACACAUGGUUGUUAUCACAUUCUACUUGCCCACUUUGUAGGGCAAGCUUGUUGCCUGAUCGCAACAAUCCAAGCUCCCCUCAUGUUUUUGUUGUUAUUCCUUCUGAUGAAGAAAGUAGAGAACUUGCAACAGAUACAGAGGAAUUAGAAUCUGAAGAAGGGUCCAGGAAUCUUUCUGGCAGUGGACAGAAUGAUAGACAUAUCAGUAAUUCACCUCCCAAAACCAUGAACGAUUAUUUACAAAAACCAGACAAUGCUGUGCCAGUAGACAAGGGUGUGGUAGGAAAGAUGAUGCCCAUCAAGCUCGGCAAGUUCAGGAAUGUAGAUGGUCAAGGUGAAGCUAACAUGGCAAGUAGUAGCAGUAGCAAUAUUGAUCCAAAGAGAUGUUACUCCAUGGGCUCCUACGAAUAUGUCUUGGACUCUUCCAAUCUGCAAGUAUUCAUAGCUCCCACCCCUUACAGGAAGCAAUCUAGCACCAGAAACUUGCCUCUAACUCCAGGGCACAGGCCUAAUUUGUCAGAAUGUAUUCUUCCAGAGGAGGUGGAGAGAUCGAUUCAGAUGACUCCUCAUAUGGACUUUGUAUGUGAGAGUAAAAUUAUCAAGGCCAUUCAUUCUCUAAGGCCUAAAAAGGAUGAUACUACUGCAGAUAAUACUGCUGUAAAUUCAGGCCUUCAAAGACACGAACCGGCUGAUGUUAAGAGCAGGGAAUCAGAGUUAAGUGCCAGUGUAGGAAGCAGCAAGCGCUGGGUUAGGCCCAAACGAAUCCAAUCAGGUUCCAUGGAGAUGUCAGGCUCCUCUAGGAGGGCUGUGUCCUUCAGGUUACCUUUACCAGUUGAUGCCAAGUUCAAGCAAAGUACAAGCAGGCGGACAUUAUCAGAGACAGAAGUAUUAAGCUGGGAGGAAAAUGAGCAGUUGCCUGGGCCGAAUCCCAAAUCCUGGGAUUUGGGGCCUAAUGUUCCUGCUUCUAAUGAUAACAGUAGUACAACAAGCAAUGAAGCUGCAGAGAAUUCGGUGUCUUCAUUUGCCAAGAGAACUCUUAACUGGUUGGUGGGCAGACAGAAACGAGUUGUGCAUGCAUCUUUAGGAAGGAAUCAGAGUCAAGAGGGGCCUAUGAGCAGUUGAAGAAGGGUUUUGUAUGCCAUCUCUCACAUUUAUAGCAGGAAGUUUUUGACAGACACACACAAUUAAAGCCUCAAUGUCCAACAUGAGAUCUAUUCACACGAAUUCAUGAUAUCAGGUAGAAACAUCAAUUUGUGGGAAAAAUUCAGAUCAAUGGGCUUCUAGUUACAGCUCUACUUUCAGAAGUUGGUCCUUGUUCUUUUCUUUUCUGGAAGGUUUGUUCGAUAUUGAGGAAUUAUACAAUUGGGAACUUUAUCUGACAGAAAGAAAGCUAAGUAUGCCUUUUGUAUUUAAGAGAAGGUGAUCCGAGUUCCCCUUUCUUCUGUUUACAUUAGAAACUAAAUCUGAACGGCUGUUAUAGAUAUUUCAUAUUUGUACAUGCGUACUGCUUAGAAUACCUUCUGCAAUACAGACAUUUUAUUGCUCCUGCAAUUAUGCGCUUGCAUGUUUGCAAAUGCUUUUUUGUGUGUAACUGUACUAUCUACUUAGGAAUGGGAAACUAAGCCAUUUCACAGUUCAAGUCUCUUGCAGCCUGCUCUUAUAGACUGUCAACUUGAUGGGUGAAAACUGAAAAUUAAGUAUUCACUUGUAAUGUCCAGGAUUAAAAGGACAAGUAUUAGUAGUCUUUCUCCUUUCUAAGGGGAUGAGGAAUAUUCACAUGUAAUGUUCAGGAUUCACUUUUCAAAGAUAAUUAUUUAGUGCU